CACACCUCCACCCAACCAAAGUCUCCUCCUCCUUCUCUUCCUCCUCCUGUUGUUGUUACCGCUGAUAGAUCAAGUCCUUCUCCUUCCUCCUCCUCCUCCUCUUCCCCCCUCCUUCAACAUGAGGGGUUACCUGUACCUUACCUUCGCCCUCCUGGUCCUGGCCGCAGCCUCCACGCAGGCUCAGAGGAAGACCUGCGGGGAACUCAAGGGUCAGUGCAUCAAAUAUGAUAAGUUGGACGAGCAGUGCCUUGGCACCCAAGACUUGACCGCGCACUGCCGAAGCCGUAAGAAGAUCUGCUGCCUGCCUCCAGCCCAAGACGCCGCCGUUGCCACUCAACCAUGCACUGCGGGGGCUGGUGCGACAGGUGGUGAGGCAGGUGGAGAGGCAGCAGGUGAGCAGACAGGUGCGCAGGUGGCGGCGGGAGACGAAGCAGGAGCAGAACAGCCAGCAGGGGAAGCAGGAGCAGAAGCAGAACAGGCUGGAGAACAGGCAGGAGAACAAGCAGAUGGAGAGCAGCCAGCAGCAGGAGCCGCAGAAGGUGAAGCAGCAGCAGCAGGAGAAGGAGCAGGUCGCCACAUUAGAGCAGCAGAGGAAGAAGAACAAGAAGAUGGUGAUGAAGAGUUUGAAGAUGAGGAAGAGUAUGACGAAGAAGAAUAUGAUGAUGAAAAGUAUGAAGAUAAGGAAGAGUAUGACGAAGAAGAAUAUGAAGACGAGGAAGGGGUCGACGAAGAAUAUGAAGAUGAGGAAGAAGACGAAGACACCGAGGGAUACGAAGAAGAAGGAGAAUUAGAAGAAGAGGAAGAAGAAGAAGAAGAAGAGUUCCCACUGGAAGAAGAGGCAAACGAAAUUGUGGUGAGAAGUGUGGACAAGAAUGGAGAAGACAUAGUGGACGGCUUGACACAGAGGAAGGUGAACAAGAACAAGAACAAGAAGAACAAGACAAACAAGAACGAGAAGAACAAGAAGAAUAAGACGAACAAGAACGAGACGAACAAGAACGAGAAGAACAAGGCGAACAAGAACGAGAAGAAUAACAAGAAGAAUAAGACGAACAAGAACAAGACGAACAAGAACGAGAAGAACAAGACGAACAAGAAUGAGAAGAACAAGACGAACAAGAAGGAGAACAACAAGAAGAACAAAGUGAGCAUGAACAAGGUAGAGAAAGUGAAGAAAACGGAGAACAAGAAGAACAAAGUGAGCAUGAACAAGGUAGAGAAAGUGAAGAAAACGGAGAACAAGAAGAAGAACAAAGUGAGCAUGAACAAGGUAGAGAAAGUGAAGGACUCGGAGAACAGGGCCACUGCCGAAGGGGAGACUGAAUCCAAGGGCCAACCGUGUCGUCUGGGCAAGAAGUGCAAGAAGGCCAAUGGUGUGUGCCAGUCUCCGUGGGACAACUGCAAGGGCCAGAUCAUUGACGGGGCCUGCGAUACUGAAGGAUGCGUCUGCUGCGCCCCCAAGACCAAGAAGAAGAAGAACAAGUGCAAGAUCCAGAAGGCGUGCAAGAAGAAGAAGGGCAAGUGCCAGCCCGAACACAAGCGCUGCAAGGGCAAGACCAGCAAGAAGGGAUGCAAGGGCAAGAACUGCGUCUGCUGCUACAAGAAGAAGAAGUGCAGGCAGAGCGACGAAUGCGCCAAGCUCACCGGAAAAUGCCAGAACAAGAAGAAGACGUGCAGCGGCUGGACCUCUGAGGACGCGUGCAAGGGCAAGAACUGCGUGUGUUGCAUCGAUGAACCCGAGGUGUGCGACCAGUCAGAGGAGUGCACCAAGGUUGAGGGCCAGUGUCAGAGCAAGGAUAGCGAAUGUGCUGGUUGGGCCAUUGAGGAGAAGUGCACUGGAGACAACUGUGUGUGUUGUAUCGAUGAGCAGGUGGUGUGCGAUCAAGCAGAUGAGUGUGAGAAGAUCAAGGGCGUUUGCCAGAGCAGGUCAAGCAAGUGCGAUGGUUGGGCCAUUGACAACAUGUGCACCGGUGAUGACUGUGUGUGUUGCAUCGAUGAGCAGGUGGUGUGCGAACAGUCCAUGGAGUGUGAGAAGAUCCACGGCAAGUGCCAGGACAAGGACAGCGAGUGCCACGGCUGGGCCAUCGACAAAGUGUGCGAGGGUGAAAACUGCGUGUGUUGCAUCCAUGAGGAGCCAGUGUGUGAACAGUCAGUGGAGUGUAUGAAGAUCAAGGGCCAGUGUCAGGGCAAGAAGGCAGCAUGCAACGGCUGGGUCAUUGAGAAAGUGUGUGACGGCGAGGACUGUGUGUGUUGCAUCGAUGAGCAGGUGGUGUGCGAACAGUCCAUGGAGUGUGAGAAGAUCCACGGCAAGUGCCAGGACAAGGACAGCGAGUGCCACGGCUGGGCCAUCGACAAAGUGUGCGAGGGUGAAAACUGCGUGUGUUGCAUCCAUGAGGAGCCAGUGUGUGAACAGUCAGUGGAGUGUAUGAAGAUCAAGGGCCAGUGUCAGGGCAAGAAGGCAGCAUGCAACGGCUGGGUCAUUGAGAAAGUGUGUGACGGCGAGGACUGUGUGUGUUGCAUCGAUGAGCAGGUGGUGUGCGAACAGUCCAUGGAGUGUGAGAAGAUCCACGGCAAGUGCCAGGACAAGGACAGCGAGUGCCACGGCUGGGCCAUCGACAAAGUGUGCGAGGGUGAAAACUGCGUGUGUUGCAUCCAUGAGGAGCCGGUGUGUGAACAGUCAGUGGAGUGUAUGAAGAUCAAGGGCCAGUGUCAGGGCAAGAAGGCAGCAUGCAACGGCUGGGUCAUUGAGAAAGUGUGUGACGGCGAGGACUGUGUGUGUUGCAUCGAUGAGCAGGUGGUGUGCGAACAGUCCAUGGAGUGUGAGAAGAUCCACGGCAAGUGCCAGGACAAGGACAGCGAGUGCCACGGCUGGGCCAUCGACAAAGUGUGCGAGGGUGAAAACUGCGUGUGUUGCAUCCAUGAGGAGCCGGUGUGUGAACAGUCAGUGGAGUGUAUGAAGAUCAAGGGCCAGUGUCAGGGCAAGAAGGCAGCAUGCAACGGCUGGGUCAUUGAGAAAGUGUGUGACGGCGAGGACUGUGUGUGUUGCAUCGAUGAGGAGCCGGUGUGUGAACAGUCAGUGGAGUGUAUGAAGAUCAAGGGCCAGUGUCAGGGCAAGAAGGCAGCAUGCAACGGCUGGGUCAUUGAGAAAGUGUGUGACGGCGAGGACUGUGUGUUGCAUCGAAGAGGAACAAGUGAACAAGAUCAGAAGGCGUGCAAGAAGAUCAAGAAGGGCCAGUGUCAGGGCAAGAAGGCAGCAUGCAAGGGCUGGGUCAUUGAGAAAGUGUGUGACGGCGAGGACUGUGUGUUGCAUCGAUGA